UUUGAUAGGCGAUUUAUCCGAAGCAAUCGAACCAAAGUUGGGAGCACCAAGCAAUAUUGUUUCGUGCUAAAUCAAGUUCCUGCCAACCGUAACAGUUCCCACAAACUUUCACCAUGUCACGUGUCGGCUUGAUACUUUCGUUCGCGGCCCUGUUCGUCGCGACGUCCGGUUUUACGACCAAUCCCACGUCCUUCCGAGCACCUAGGCAAAGUCUGCUCUUGCAGCAAUCGUCUUCCAGCACGAUACGAGGCAUGCCGGUUGCGAAAGAAGUUGCCCGGCAAAACCUGGUAGACACGGCGGAACAACUGAAACAACAGCACGGACUGCUGCUGGUGGAGCGAAGUGCCCAGGACGAACUCAAACGGGCCGCGGACAGUUUCGAAAGUCUCGCCCAGCCUCCGGCUCUCGAAUCAUACAAACGGGACUUCAUUGGCGAUUGGACACUGGUCUGCUCUACCGCCACCAAUGCGGAUGGCGUGGAUACGACGAGACUCCCAUCCUUCGCACAAGAUCCGAUCAAAAAGAUUCGGGAGACCAUUUCGGAAGCUGCCAACAAAUACUUGACGGUGCAGCAACGUAUCCGUUCUACCAACGAUGACGACGUGAUCGAUCGGAUUGACCAUGUUUUGGAAUAUCAGCCACCAGCACAGUUGAAAGAGCUGCUGGACAACCUACCUCCUCAAUUGAGAAGUUUGAACAUCAAUCCGCUGGAAGUGAGCAAAAGCAAACUAAUUCUCGUGCACAAGGCGUCAAUUGAAUCGGAAAUUCCCCUGUUCACCAAGCUUUCUUUAACAAGCAUUGUUCUCAACGUAGCAGGGCAGAGUACAAGCCUCGAUCCCGACGGUAAAGACGUCGCCGGUAUCAACUUGCCGUUGGGCGAAUUCAUUAAUUCGGGUGACUUUGAAACGACGUAUAUGGACGAGACAUUGCGGAUCAGUCGAGGGAAGCUAGGGCCGGUCGACCAGUUACGCGUCUUUGUUCGUACGGAUCGGCAGCGGCAGAUUGAAGCGCUCAUGGAUAUUGUCGAGACUGAUGUGGGCAUGGGUGUCACGUCGGAAAUGGACGUAGACGAAGAUAAGGAUCCCGAAUUUACCACCAGCAAUAGUCAAGACGAAGUUGUGGACGAUAUUGGUGAGGAGGCAAGCACGGAAGACGAUGUGGAUAGCAAAAGUGUUUUGAACGAUACUAUGGAAGAGGAAAUAAAGGCGUUAGACGAGGAUAAGGAGGGAGUCGACGACGACAAAGGCCCUCCCAAGGACUCAAGUGGGAAGAAAUCGUAAAAGCUACAAAACCCACUGCAUGUCGUAGCAACUGCCGAAUCUAUAGUAUUUAAUACAUGCAUCUAAGCGCAGGCAGGAGUAAUCAGGAAAAA